AUUGGAACUAUCCAAAAGAAGAAAGAACAAAUAUUACCACUGAUUUAAGUGUCGCUUAUAGAGGUUUGGAAGGAUCUUUGAAAUUGGAUGGAUUUAAUAAUCUUAAAAAACUUAUUUGUUAUGAAAAUAGAAUUACUAGUCUAGAUUGUAGUGAUUGUUCUAGUCUAGAAGAAAUACAUUGUGAAGAUAAUCUUUUCAUAAAUAUAAAAUUAACUCCCAGUUUAAGAAGAGUUGAUGUAAGGAAUAAUUCACUCACUAGUCUCAAUUUUUUAAACGAUUUGGAUAGUGAAAAUUUAGAGUGGCUUAAUAUCCACAGUAAUAAUUUUUCUGAAAGUGAUUUAACUCCAUUUAGCAGGUUUAUUAAUUUACGAGAAUUAAUGCUAAGUAAUCUUGAAGAGGAGAAAAUUCAACAAGGCAUUUACAAUCGCUUUACUGGUUCCCUAGAACCUUUAAAAAACUUAACUAGACUAAAUACACUAGCUAUUCAUAAUACGGAUAUUGGUAGUGGUCUAGAAUAUUUACCUGACAGCAUUCAGUAUUUUUAUUUUUCAGAUGCCAAGCAGGAGAGAAAAGCAGGAAACAUUGCUAAUUCAGAAAAGAUAAAAAUAGUUCGCCAACAAACGGAGCAACUAGAAACUCAACCAGCAAUAACUCCUAGUUCUUCUAAAAAAAGUAAAAAGGUUAAACAAAAAGAAAAACUAACUGUUACCCAAGAGCAAAUCCAGCAAUUACAAGCAGAAUUAGAAGCAAAAAAAUCCAAGAAUGUUAACUUAGAAAAAGAGCAUUCUUUUUACAAGAACCAGGAAAUCGAAAAAAGUUCUUUUGUGAGAAAACAAUUAAAAAGAGCCGAAGAUAAUUUAAAAAAAAAACUUGGUGAGGAAGAAUUAAAGUUGAUUUUAGAGAAACAAGCAGAGAUUAAUGAUUUAGAAAAUCAGUUAAAUAAUUUGCAAAUCCAAGAGCAAAUUCUGACCAACCUUUCUGACCAAAUCCCCGAAUUAGAAAAUCAACCUAACCGCUCUAAUAAUAUUGGAAGCCUUACCUAUUUUGGUCUUCUGAAAAAGCGAUUCGCACACAGUAGUAACGGCUAUCUCUGCCCUUAUCACUCUUCCCAAAUAGAGGAUAUGUUAAGAAGACAAAGACAGGAUAGAAAUAGACCCCAAGACGAAUAUGAACAAUUUCCUGGUUGUAUUUUUGGCAAAAGAAAUAAAAAAACGAAAGAAUCAAAAAAAUAUGAUGAAGAAAUAGAAGAACUCGAAAAAGAUUUAAAAGAGACUGACCGGGAUGAAAUUGCUGAUUUAUCUUCUGAUAAAAAAAGACUUUGCUGUGAAUAUCAGAAAAAUAUCGAGGAAAAAGAAAGAAUUUUAAAAGAGAAGAAUAAUUAUCAGCAAUCAUUAGGCGAUUCGUCCAGCCAAUCAGAUAAAGGCAAUAACAAUAAUUCUAACAAUGACAGAAGCAUUGGAAAACAGCGAAAAAGGAAUAUUAAACGAGCAUGCAAAAUUGAAUCUACGGAAAAAAGGUUUACUAAUCUUAGUUUUGGCACAGUCUGGGAAGAGAAUAGUUUACCCACUAAGCAGAGAAGACAUCCGCAUCAGAAACCAAAGGAGUUAAUUAAGGCACUAAUUGGAGCAACUACUAACGAGGGAGAUUUAGUGGUGGAUCCGUGUGCUGGUUCCUUUAUCGUGCUGGAAUGA